UCCAUAAAAUCCUCCCUCUUCAUUCACGUCCACACACCCUUCUCUUAUUAUAAUUUUCACUCACCCCCCAAAAACAAUAAUACCCACAAGUAAGAAACAAAAAAAACAAUACAACUCUCUCUCCAACUUCCUUCUUGGAUCGAUGUGGAUGAUGUUGAUGAAGCCUUCUCCUAUGUAUCGCUAAUGGAGGAAAAAUCAACACAACUUUCAUUGCCAAACACAAUCCAUCGAUCUGAGUAAUGUGAAAGGAAAAAAACAAGAUGGAAGCGCUAAGGGUGAAAGAAUUGUUGUUGUUAUGGUCAAGGUUGCAAAGUAGCCAUAUCACCCUCAUAGGUGGUAAUCACACCGCUGCCAGGUUCUGCACUCGCUAAAUCAAUCAUUUCCCUUGGUUGCCGCUCCCACCUCCCUCUCGCUUGACAUUCUUUUUUUUCUAAUCGUUGAUCUCUCCUCCUUCAAUUUCUUUCAAUCUCCGCAAUACUUUGUUAUUUGCUCGUUAUUUAGCUGAUUUAAUUGUUUUUCAUUAGACAAACUUUUCAAUCCAAAAAUAACUUUUUUUAGCAAUGGAUUUGAUUCAUGGGAUUCGAACAAAACAUCACUCCCACAAAGUCAUGAACCUAUAUAAAGAUGGUAUCGACCUAAGUGCCAAUAAUACCCAAUUCUUGAUAAUUAGGCUGCCUGAUUAUUGGGUUUUGAAGCUGGUGAUUCGACUCGUGCUUUUGGCGUUGGUAAUUGUUUCAUUCCCCUGGCAUGGCUUAGUACUUGGUAAAGUUUCUUCAAGUUUUUCCAUGUCUGCUAAUAUAUCUAAGGCAGAUCAUCAGGUUUCAUUGAAUUCAAUCAAUUUAGAGUUGUUACCAUUAGUCUUUCGUGAUUUAGAAAACGAAGGACUCUUAAAAAUGGGUGAUAGAGCACUGUUUGUUAACAGUGGCAAUGAGGAAGCCAUUUACAGUUCUCAAAUUCUUAGCAACAAUGAAAUGGAUUUGAUUUCUUAUUCAGAUUUAGAGCGACAAAGCUCGAUCCCAGGUGAGACAUUCGACUUUGCUUUUGUCCAUGACUUUAAUGCAGCCAAGGAAUUCAUUGACAGGACCCUCAAGGUGGGCGGCGUUGCCACUGUCCAACUUAGUGAGGACCCUUUGCUCGCAUUCCACAAGCCAUCCAACUACAAAAUUGUCUACCUUCGUCGAUUUGAUUCCAAAAUUGUCGCCUUGCGAAAAACCGGCCAUGCCAUCACAAACUCAUCCACGAUAAGGAGGCUAUGCGGUGUAACACCAGAGGAAAAGAAGGCAGCUCUAAAGAAACUCGAGGACGUACUGCUUGAACCGCCUAGAGCGGCUUCUGGGAAAUCCAAAAGCUACCAUACGCGAACUCGCUACUUGCCAGACUUAAUAGGUGAUUCUCUCGAAAGCUACCCACGUCGUGUUUUCAUAGAUGUUAGCUUGCCCGAAAAUGAUGAUGAUUCCAUCGGUGAUGCCGAAUGGUUUGCCAAGCAUUAUCCGACAAGGAACAAGUAUUUUGAGAUGUACAAGAUUGAGCCUGUAACGGAGGAAUCUUCUGGCACGGAGGUGACACCGAUCGGGAUGUCGGAUUGGUUGAAGAAGAAUGUGAGGGAAGAGGAGUAUGUGGUGAUGAAGGCAGAGGCUGAAAUGGUGGAGGAUAUGGUGAAAAGCAAUGUUUUAGGGUUGGUGGAUGAGCUCUUCAUGGAGUGUAAGCAUCAAAAAGUUAGUGGGAUUAGCAAAAAAAGUAGAAGGGCAUAUUGGGAAUGCUUGGCUUUAUAUGGAAGGUUAAAGGAUGAUGGCGUUGUGGUGCACCAAUGGUGGGGUUGACAACUGGAAGAAAUUUCAGACAGUGUAUAGGUGGUUUAACUAUUAGAUCUAUUAGUCUAUCAUCACCUAAGCCUCCCUAAAGAAUUUUUUAUUUGAAGGUCCUAAAUUUGUAAAAGCCAGAAUUUAUUAAGGCCUCAUUGUGAUGUUUAAUAUGAGAUUCUAAAAAAAAAUUGGACCUGUAUUGGAAAAGGAAAGAAAAGAGUGAUACAGAGAGAAAAAUGAGAGGAGAGAUAAAGUGAGAUGAGAGGUGACUGUACUUUGCUACUUUGUGUUUUGCUUGUGUAAUCUUCAUUGUCCUAGUUUUGGGGUUGUUAUGAUUAUUUGGUUCUUUUUGUGUUUCAAUAAAAAAA